CCAGAGACCAAUACACAGCAACGCCACUGUUUACAAAUGGAGGAUUUAGCAAUACAGAGUUUUGAGUGCAUUCAACGUCUUGUUGAAUGGUGACAAUAAACAAAAAGGUCAAAAGGUCGUUGCGUGGUUCGACGUUGUGUUACACGGCGUUUCUCUACUGAAUUAUUUUGCACCAAAAAUCAAAAUGAAGCUAUCAGUUUUACUAGUUGUAGUACUUUGUAUGAUUUUCCAUGUUCGCUGUGAUCUCGCAACGGAAUCAGAUGCAUAUGCAGUGGAAAUCAUCAUAUAUCGCCUCACAACUGAUACGUGGACAGCCAAUUCCAUGGAGAGCACGUUUUCAGGGACGAUCGCCUCUGCAGCAAACACAUACUGCGGAUCAAAUGUAGCAACCUGUGGCUUAGAAACCUGCUGUACUUCCGCUUUCAAAGAAACAGAUGUUGGAAAAAUCAGUGAUUAUCCCAAAAAAGAUCUAAAAAAUCUGAAACACAAAUUUUAUCUCAAAUUUCCAACUGGCUCAACUGCCUCCAAUUCUUCAGUGACCCAGUAUGUGGUCGUCAACUCUGCAGUAUAUGAAAUCAUCCGUCUUGCGCGGACAACCUUUAACACCCAAACUGGAUACUGGAUCACAUGGGCGGAUGAGACAUAUUACGGGGUACCAGCUACCACCACAGAGAACCAGAUCAUCAUCCCCAUCGCAUUCGUUGUCCUAUUUCUCGUGAUAUUCCUGGCCAUUGGACUUCAUUUCUGGAAUAAAAGGAAGCAGAAAGAAGCUCGUAUUCAGAAAAAGAUCAAAGACAAGAAAGCCUUGAAGAAAAACCAAGCCAUGGUCCAGCCAACCUAUCGUGUGGAUCCAGAAAUUAAAGAUCUCGAUGAAGACCACCACGAGAAGACGAAAGAGUCGCCCAAAAAACCUAGAUAUAUCAUAGCUGUCAGUGAUCAUGACGUUUAUCCAUUUUUUCCAUACGUCAGUGACACGGGAACACUACCCCCCGAGAGCUGUGUGUUUGGACAGUUCCUGAACAUCGCUGCACUCCUAAGAAUAGUCACCGUCAUUGUAGGUAAAUCGAAGCUAGGACCCAGUACCAUUCUAACCCGCGAGUGGUCGCCGGAAUACGCGGGCUAUGCUGAACACGUGGUGUCCACGGUGAUGGAGUGGUUAGGGACUUUCCUGAUCUGUGCGUUCGCCCUAACCUUUGUUCCAGAAUUCAAACAAUAUGGAAUCGCUGUGUAUAAUGGCAACGUCAAGCCGGAUUUUCCAUACAUCAGGUUCACCAAAAGUAGUUCAAGUAUCAGACCCGGGUGUUGGACCACCAAGGAACCAGGGAUGAGUGCCUGUCUGGCAUCAACUAUCUCCGAAUGGAUCAUUUCGUUUUUAACUUGCAUCUAUGUCGCAACAUUCACUCCGGAGUUCAAAUAUUUCGAACUGAUAAAAGCAAAGAUACUUUUCCAUGAACUGACCAGGAACAAUGAGGUACCCGGAAACGAGAAUAGCGAGGAGACGCAAUCCAAUGGAACCGUGGAGACAAACGUUGUGGUUGUCCACCUGAUCGGAGCUUUCUUUGCUUUUGGGAUGGGCUUAGUCUACUGCUGUUUGCAGACCUACCUGUCUUUCAAACUACCAGACAUCCCAGGCUCAAGCAGAAAUCUACGAGUAGGCAGACUGGCCAUUUGUAUUCUGGACGCUGUCUUUAUAUUAACUCUUAUGAUUGCUGCAGCCUUUACGAUUGGCGAAAGGCCAAACAACCCUCGGAAAUGGACACCUGAUGAACCGAUGUAUGGUGCUCAUCUGACGUCCACUAUCUCCGAGUGGCUGAUGGCGUUCCUUACCUGCCUGUAUUUGGCCACAUUCACUCCAGAAUUCAAGUACUUCGAAAUGAUUAAACCAGAGAUAAUGUUUCGAGAUACGCCCGGUGUGUCUGCGAUACGGAUCACCAAGGAUAUUGAGCCACAAACCGGUGAUGGACCAGUGAAGUUCAGUGCAGGACUAACGUAAAACAUCGAGACUAUAUUUGUGUUAGGUGCAUGCUGUGUGUAAUGUGCAAUAAUUUUUAUUACAUGUAUAUAUUGAAUGUGCAUAACAGAAGGUUUUUGGGUGCUUUUUACGAGUACGGUGUUAUUUUAUGUUAGAUUUCGAUUGAUGGAUGGACAUGUAUAUAGAUCUACAGUGUAACGAUGUCAUAUUGAUAUAAGGUUUUAAGAAUCAGUCCAGAGAACUCUCGAAUUAAAAUAAAUAUGAGUUA